UCGACGAUACUAUCAGUAUCUGUCCAACAGACUUUCGAAUACGAUGCCUUUCGCCCACAUCACUCGAGUCGAGAAGUUUAGCUCUUGUCACCGACUCCACAGUGACAAAUUAAGCGAUGAAGAAAACGUAAAGAUUUUUGGUAAAUGUAACAACAAAAAUGGCCAUGGACAUAAUUAUAAAGUCGAAGUAACGGUUAGAGGUCCAAUUGAUGAAAACACUGGGAUGGUUAUGAAUGUGUCGGAUCUAAAGAAGUACAUAGAUGUUGCUGUAAUGCAGCCAUUAGAUCAUAAAAAUUUGGAUAUGGACGUUCCCUACUUCAAAAACAUUGUUAGUACAACUGAAAACGUGGCUAUUUUUGUGUGGCAAAGUUUGAAAAAGGUCAUGAACGAUCCUGAUUUGUUAUAUAAAGUCAAAUUAUAUGAGACUGAUAAAAAUAUUGUAGUUUAUAAAGGAGAAUAAUUAGACAUAAUCAAGUAUAUUAUACAAUACAAUUCGCAUUUUAAUAUAAAUUAAGUUUGUGUGCAUUAAAAAAAACAAAAUAUUAUUUCA